GUGCGGGUAGGUGGGACUAGGUGAGAUUAAGAGUUCGGCACGGACUAGGAGGGCCGAGAUGGCCUGUUUCCGUGCUGUGAUUGUUAUAUGGUUAUACAUAACUGUGGACAGCAAGUCACUAGGUAUACUUAGAGAGGGGGUUGAUAGGUUCUUGAUUAGUAAGGGCUUGAAAGUUAUGGGGAUAAGGCAGGAAAAUGGGGUUGAGGAAGGACAUAAAUCAAACAUGGUCAAAUGUUAGAGCAGAUUCGAUGACCAAAUAGCCUAAUUCUUCUCCUAUGUCUUAUGGUCUUCUUCCAAUUGUUGGUCAAAAUGGAAGAGCAAUUAUUUGUCAUCUGAGGGAGUAUGAUAUGGAGCCAUUGGGAGAAGGAUUUCUUGUUCAUGUUUGACUUAAUGUCAUGACACUUCAUGGGAUUUGGCAUUAGUGUUGAGGACGUGCAUUGCUGCUUGCUCCCACUUGUGCAGCUUUCUCUUGCCAUUGAGACUAGAUGUGCACAGGAAUUUUGAGACGGAUCUGGAAUGUUGUCUGCAAGUCAUGAUUCAGUGAGGAUAAUUAUGAAAAGCUAAUGCUUGUCUGGUGUUGGAGUGAAAUGUCUUCACUUUGAUAGCAGUCCCUAGAUGCUCAAGAAAAUAUCAUAAUAACAAAAGAAAUAGAAGAAGGAAUUCACUUGAUCCAUCAAGCCUGUUCUUCUAUUUGUUAAGUUCAAGGUUGGUGUUACCUUGGUGUAAUUUUUCAGCACUCUUCUUAUUUCACUUGAGUUACUCCAUGUGAAGAAAUGUAAUGAACUCUGUUAUACCUCACUAAGCCCCCAUAACUCUGUGGUAUCCAAAUUCUCAAAGGUUUAUCUCCCUCUCUGAAAAAAAGGCAUCCGGGGAAGCAUCCUUUUUGAAUUAAGCCUGCUAUGCGACUUAUUCAUAUUUUGAUAAAAAUUCUUCUAAGAAAUUGUCCCUCUCUCUGCAAUCUUUCCUAAUGUGGCCAACCGACAUUCCCGGGACCAGUCUCAACUGCACAGCCUCAAAAGCAUUUAUAUCAUUUAUAAUUAAGAAGUCUACUGCUCCAGAAUGCAGUCUCACCAAUGUCUUUUACAGUUCCGGUAAGAUUUUCUUCUUUAUUCAGAUCCUUCUGUAAUAAAGAUUAAUGCACCACUUUGCAUCCUAAAUGCGUGUUGCACCUGCAUGUUUCCUGAAAUGACUUGUGCACAAAAACACAUUGGACAUCAAUUGUAUCUAAUCUUUCACAACUGGAGAAAAUUUGUUGCUUUUUUGUUUUAUGAAUAACUUCACAUUUUAUUCCACAUUGUAUUUGUUAUGCAUAAUAUCUACUGUGCAUUUACUCUGUUUAUUCAUCUCUUCUUUAAUUCUCCUACUUGCUCACGAUCCCAUCUAGUUUUAUUAUAUCACUAAACUAGGAAAUAGUCCACUCUGUUAAAUUGUCAGUAAAGUUGGCAAAAAACUGGGGCCCCAAUCAUCUGACACAAUCUGCCAGUGGGAAAGUUACCUGUUGAUUUGCAUUCUUUCCUUUGUGUCCGUAAUCAAUUCUCAUUCUAUGUCAAUAUAUACCCUCAAUUUGUUGACUAGCUUCCUAUGUGGGUUCUUAUUGAAUUGCAGAUGAUGUGUCCGGAGAUGCAAAUGGGGAGAGAGAGGAAUGAAAAGAGAAAAAAGAAUUUUUGGAAUUGUGAGCCUAAGUCCAACUAACUAUCUAUAACUUCUUGGGUCUAUUGCAAUGGUACUGAUGCGGAAAAGGAUUCUGCAUUUCUCAGUAAGAACUUGGUCAACUCAACCUUCCCCUUCAGUUAUUAUCAACUGCAGGUAAAUUGUAGGAGAUUAACAUGGAACAUCAGGUGUUCUCAACAUCUCUGAGUGGCAUCAGCAAUUCUACAUCUUCUAUUGAUCCACCUAUCUUGUACACCCAUUGGUCUGUGUUUGCUGAUGAUGGAAUACCUCCAGCUGUUUUUCAUGAUGGUCCGAAACAGAGAGCCCACAUUAAUUUAUCAGAUUCUGGGAAUACUCCUGAUUUACUUGGACUGGUCUCCAGUAUACUGGAUGAGCCCGAUAAGCCCGAAUCAUUUUCUGAUUGUUGUAAAUUAUUUUAUGUCUUUCAGGGAUUCAUCCUCUAGAGUAUUUCAAUCAAUUUGGUCCACUGCAAAUGGAGAUGGUACUGGAUCAGCUUUGAAAAACCAAAUUGAAAAUUGUAGAACUUCAAAUAGUAUGGGGAUUUCUGAAUAUUAUGAAGAAAACUCUCAGACAUUGGCAGAAAAAGGAAAUGCCGAUGAACUUUAUCAAGGAUUUCAAAGGUUUAAUCUUUCAGAACCAUGGAUUUCCAUGCUCAAUAAAGAUACUGACCUGUGCGAUUCUCAAGCUAGUAAUGUCACGUCUGUAGUGAGAAAUGACACUGUGCCUCAAAAAGAAGAGUUUUCCUUGCAGUCCAAGGAAUUUGAUUGCUGCUUACAAAAUUAUGAGCAUGUUGAGAGGGGAGUUUCCAAUUUUAAUAUACGUAGCUUCCAUAAUAAUAUGAACACAUGCAAAGAACACUACAAAAUUGACCAAUUUAGAGAGAAUAAAGCUGGAGCAUUUGGGAUCAAAGAUUGUACCCGGAAUUCAGAAAAUAUAUACAAUUCACGUGUUGGUGAUACGUGGGGCAAAGUGUUGCAGGAGAAACAAUUAAUUCAAAAAGGACAUGAAGAUUUCAGUGCCAGUUCUUUGAAGAAAAACUCUUAUGUUUCACAAAUGGAUUUCCAUAGCUUGCAGUUUCCCAAGAAGAAUGGCUUUAUUGCUGAUAUCAAUAGAAAACCUGUUUUUGACUUUCCAAAGCAUCGGAACCAUGCUCGUAUGUUUCGAGACAGUUUUGAGAAUCAUUGUGAAAAGUUGAAUCAGAGUUAUUUAGAUGGUCUUGCUAGGUCAUCUGAAUAUAUUAAUUUGACAAAGAUUAUGCCACAUAGGAGUGAAUAUGGCCCCUAUUCUUCCCAAAGCAACCUGCUAUGGUCUGAUAACAACCCCACUGGUGAACCUAGUCCUGUGUUUAAGAAAGAUGGCAACAUUAUUACAACAACUUCAGAAACAUCAAUAAUAUCUGCUGUAAGUAGCAGGUCUCCAACACAGUUGCCAAUAUCUGGUGUUUUUCAACCUAAUUAUUAUCAUCCAGCAGCUCCAGUGGAAACCUUAAGGCAAGAUGAAUGUCCUAGGUUUUCUAGUGGUAAUAUCAGUGAAUGGAACUCAUCCAAUGUUAUUGGUAAAAUACAAGAGCAAAGUAAAACUGGUACAAUACUUAAUAUUGAUUCUUCAGCUGCUAGAGAUGAUCAACAUCAAAAACAUUCUCUUGGAUUUGGUACCAGUUGGACAUCACAUCACAAUGUUGGUAAUGAUGAGCCAGUUAAAUAUUUUAGAUAUUCAAAUAAACAUGGAUACAAUAACAACAGGGAUGACAAGGGAGGACGCAAAAAAAUAUACCCACAUCCUUUGAACUCUGGACCUUUUGGACAAAACCACCAACAGUGUAAUGGUUACCGCAGACAACAUGAGCAAGAUAAUAGCAAUAUAUCUGAUUUCAUUAAUCAUUCUUUCUUACCCACAUUCCCAUUCAUGAUGUCUGAUUUUAAACAAAAUCAGAACUUCUCCCAGUUUGGCCCCCAUGGAUUUCCUUCAGGUUUCUCUUUUCCUCAUUCAACAUUUCCAUUCCCUGAGCUAAUUGACUUUUUUCAUUAUGAUGACUUUAAUCAUUUACAUCCUUUUAUAAAUGAUCUUUUUGGUGGAGAUAUGACCACACCCUACUUUGGAUUUGGAUUUCCACCACCAUUUUCCAAAUACAGACCUAUGAAGAAUCGUAGUGGCCCAGCAAAUGAACUUCACAUUCGAUUGGAAGAGUGUUAUGAACAGUGGCGGGCUUUGGAAAAAGAGAGAAAAAAGACUGAAGCUGAGCUUGCGAGAAAUUUUCCUGGAAAGCGAGUGUCCAGUUCAAACAAUACUCCUAUACCUCGCCUGCCUUCCAAUCCUUCAAGAGUAGAUCGUUUAAUUGUUGAUCAGUUACGUGAACAAGCAAGGGUCUUGACUUUGCUUGGCAAAAUGGAACGUCUCCAAAGCUCUCCAGUCCAUGCUAAUAUAUCUACAGCUCUCGAUUGUCAUUUGGAAGCUAUUCAUUUCACACAAGCACGUCGUAAAGAUGAAAUAAUUAAUGCAGCAAAUCGUCAGAGACAAGGAGCACCUCGUUACAAUGAUGACAAGGAUGUUUUGGCCUUGGCAGCUGCCAUUAAGGAUCUCACCAUUUCAACACGAAAGGCUCGUACUGCUCUCUGGUGUGCACUGCAAAUGACUUUACCAGAAAUUUCCCUGGGAGCUUUGGUCAAGCAUACUGAAAUUGAAAAAGCACUAAAGGAGUUGUGUCAAGGAGGUGCUACCAGAAAUGAAGAUGAAGUAGUCAUUGAAGAGAAAAAAAUGAAGUCUGAAUCAGAUCAUUCUGUAUGUGCAGCAAUAAAGAGAGAAGUAUGCUAAAAAGAAAAGAGACACCUUAAAAUGCAGCAGCUGUUGUGAAUUGUGUUAUGGUAUAUUUCAAACAGUGGGUGGAGUCUUCAAAGUAGCAUUGUUUGCAUUGUGUUAAUUCUGAGAUUAACAAUAAACCACCUAUUAAAUAAUUUGAUUGUCUGAGUGGUAAGGGAAAGCUGCAAUCUGAGAAGAGAUUGGAAAAGGAAUAUGGAAAUGAUAACUUGGGUUAUUGGUGUCUAAGAAAAUCUUAAUUGUUGUUUUCAAUCAUUUCAGUAAAAAAAUUGUCAUGUUUUUUUGCAGCAUUGAACUAUUUCUGCUGCUUUUGGCAUUUUGGUAUAAAUUCUUUUUGAAAGUUAGACUAUUAUACAUUGUCAGAUGAUAAUCAUGCAGUUCAGAAGAUUGCACGAAAUUUUGUGUGCAAGUGAAGAGGAAUUAAAUAAUGCUGUUUAUUUUCUUAUCGAUGAAAUAAGAAUUUGAAAUUUGGUGUAUAAGAAAUGAAAUUCAGAGUCUGUGACAAUGCAAAGAAUAUAUAGUACUGUUAGUAAUUUUAUGUGUCACCUAUAUGAGUUUGGUUUUGUCACAGCUAAGUUCUGUAAAGAAACUUUGUCAUUUCCCCAUUAUCUAAAAUGCAGUAUAAUUUCCCCUAUGUUUGGGUUUUUGAAACAAUUAAUGAAUGUUUUACAGUUAUGCAGUAUAUUCUUACUUACUGCUUUAGAUUAUAGAAAAGUUAUAUUGGAAACUGCAAAAAAAAACUGAUCAGGUUUGAUAAGUGCCAAUGACCGAGACAUAUAAAGUAAAGAACUUGUGCUGGAAAUGCUGUUGGUAUAUUCAGUGGGGUAUUUCCCAUUCUAACUGACAUUUUGUAUAUUUUCACAGGAAAAAAAAUCUUACUUUUCUUUGACAUGAAGUUUAUUCAAAUCCUAAAUUUGGGUUGGGCUCUGGAAUUUUGGAGCACUACUAUCAUUUUCUAUGGUAUUGUGUCAUUUGCUGAAAAGGAUUGAGGAAGCUUAGGUGUUUUAAAAAAAACAAUGUUUUAAAUAACUGAAUACUUCCAAUCAUUCCUGAUUACCUUUAAUUCCUCUUUCUAUAUUGUUGAAUAGUUCAUACUGUAAUAACACAUGCAACCUCCUCAAAACCAAAACCUGGAUUACUUGUCAAAGGAGAUCUUGCUUAUUCAAUUUGCUAACAGUAUUUUCAUUACUCAUUAAUUAAAAUGUUGCAGCAUUAUAUAUUUAACAGAUCUAUUAAAUUGUUUGUUCAAGGAAACUCAGUUAUGUGCUUGUAUGUCUAAGAACAUUUUAAUUACUUCUGCCAAGUACUUAAAAGUAGUCAUUGGAUGGACCGAGUUGCCUAACUCUGCUCCUAUGUCUUAUGGUCAUCCAGUUUAUAACACAGUAUAUUAUUCAGUAAUAUAGCUCUUUUCUGAGAUAACAAAACUGAAGAACCUCUACACGUGGCUUUAAACACCUACAUUUAAAACUAAGUAUUUUCUUAUUAGCUUCAGGACUCAGUUCACAAAUAGCUGCAUUCUUUAACUUAGGUAGGGAUGUUAUUAUGAACAGCAGUUUUCCAGAAUGUAUCUAAUGAUGGUUAGCAGCCUGUGAAACCUAUGUAGCAUUUACCGUUUACUCGUAUGACGAAAAAUCCUGCUAAAAGCCUCAUCUUCUCAAAGAUAUUUUUUACUUUGUGAACUUCCUUUGUGUGAAUAAUAUGAUUAAUAACACUUUAAAAAGUUCUUCAUAAAUUGUGGAUCAUGAGUAUGAAUGUUUCAUUGUGCUAUCCCUGCCAUCUGUUGCUGGCAGGUCUUUUAAUUUAACUGUGGGGCCAUAACAGUCAAGCCUGAUACGAUUUCAACCAUAUUCAUAUCCAGCAGCAACCUCUAGAUUGUAGCCAGCUGAGAUCUAUAUUUUUAUUCUUCUUUGUCUUAUAAGUAGUACUGGGAUUGAUGUUCAGCUUUUCUCCAGGUGUUAUGGUAACUUGUUAAAGAAACUGCUCUAUUUUAACUUUUAAUUAAAUCAAUGCUGGCUUUUCACCUGGAUGAAUAGGGAUAACGACCCUAACUGAAAUGGAGCCUAAACAUUUUCUUCAUUGCUUUUGCCUUACCCAUUUGAAAACCAGCAAAACUUUUGAACUACAGUAUGUUGUCUAAAAUUAGGUUGGACUAGUAAAGUACACUAAUGCAGAUUCUAUUGAUGUACCAAUAAUAGUUUCCAACUUCUUUUCAGUAUACCUUAAAGAUUCUACUAAAGAUUUCCUUAAAAUUUACUAUUGAAAACAUGUCAUUUUUGCUAUUAUAGUAUAUAAAAUUAGUAAUUACAAAUGUAAAGCCCCAUAAAAGUCAAAUGAUAUGGAAAACAUUCUUCUUACUGCUAUUUUUGACAGUAUAUGUAGUGAGAGGGCAUUUUUGUUUGCACUUUUAAAAAAAAGUGCAUUUAUGUACAUGUACUGUUAAAAAUAGCAGAAGAACUUUUCAUCAUUCACCAAUCUUUAUUUGCAAAGAAAUUCUGCUGUUUUGAUGCAUAAUAAUCUGUACAUUUAAAAAUAAUAAUUUUGUGCUUGACUUGUUUGCAAGUUUUGCUUGAUAGGGCAGAGAAAAAAUAUGUAAUGUCAAAACAGUUCAUUGCAAUUUUUAUUAAGCAAAUUAGGCCUAUAUUUAAAUAAAUCUUUUCUAUUGACUGUUGGUUAAGUGACCAAUGGCAUUAUUUAUUAUUCUGCAUUAAUAAUCUAAGACACAAUGCACCCAAUCUAAAAUGAUUUUUGUUACUCUGCUAGAUGAAUAAUUUGUAUUAGGUUUGGUUGUUGAGGAGUUUGAAAAUAGAAAACUGGGUGACGGCUUUCAUUCGCUUUGUUUUAAAAUCUCUCUGAAGUGGGAAUAUGAGAUCUCAGAGCAAAAGCUGUGCUGUUUUGAGUAACAUCCACCAGAAUCCUUUUUGUUCUUAUUGGUGUGCAUUGUUAGAAUUUGGUCUUGAUCAGAUGAGUAAUUUGUGAUAUUUAUAAUCUGUCCUGCUGUGGGGGAAUUCAUUCAAUAUGAAAUUUACCCACAGUGCAAUAGUUGUAUUGUAGGCAUCAUCACUACUUUUCAGAAUCCGAGGCCUGAAUGAUUUUGAGUACUACAUAAAUUGGGGUAACUUUAUUUCACCUCUUUAAUUUGUAUAAAAUAAUAAUGAUUAAGAAAGAGAAAGAAAUGUUACUCAGGAUUAGUUCUUAGAUUUACUCACCCUCUGUGGUGGAGCAUAUAGAAGUAGGACCUAUAUUUGAUCUAACAAGCACUUAAUUAAGAUAAAAUUGCUUUUUGUAAUAUCAGUUAAAUAUUAUAAUUUUUAAAGCAUUCUGUAUUUAUUUUAAUAUUGAUUCAAUCUUAAUUUAAUUUCAGGUUUAGUAUCUAAUGUACUGUAUUAAUGGGAAUAUUCUUGCCAAACCUUCACAAUAAUCAGAUUAACUGUUACUCAGGAAAUAUAUAUUUAAUAUUUAGUUUUGUUGGGUUGUAUGUGCAAAGUAUUUUCCACAAAUCUAACUCUGUACAGUACUAGGUUACCAAAGCUAUUUUUGUUUAACUGAUUUAUUUCUAGAAUUCUGGAAAACAUUUUGUGAUGUAGAGCUAGUGAUAUGCUGGUCUUCAUACAUGGGCUUAGACAAUCAAACGUCUUGCAUCUUAAAGCUUUGUGAAUUUAGAGAAGGAUUAAGAUAUUUAUACAACUAUUAAUAUAGGUCAAAAAUUUUAAUUUUUUUUCAUCCAUAUGACACUACACUGUUGUCAAUUUAAUGCUUUUAACAAAAUUUACCAUGCGAUCCUGUUUUUUGUAAAAUGGUAUUAUAAAACCAGGUAGUAUUUCAUAGUUGUUUGUAUUUGGAAAGAUUACCUCAGGGAGGAAUCUCUUUGGGACUAUGUUAUCUGUCAGAAAUUAUAUUAGAAGGCAAAGUAGUAGCACUAAGAAACAUGAGUUUUGCAUAAGCAUAAAAUUAUAUUAAAAAGGCAGCAUUGAUAAUCUUUGGUUUUAAUUCUAGCCAUAAGCAACAAGUAUUCAAGUAAAUUGUUCAAGAAGCAAGUCUUGAAUUUCAUUUUAUAUGUAACUAGGUUGUGUAAUUUAAUGUAACAAUUUUAGUUUUCUGUACAAAAUACAUUUUUAUAACUUUAUUUCCUAGGCAAUACAUAUACAUUAUUGACCUUUGAUUCUAAAUAUAUUUAAUUAAACCAGAUGAAAUCAUUUCAAAGCAUAAACAAUUUUAAAUGUACAAGCAAAUCAUGUUUUUUGCUAAGCUUCCUUACACAACAAAGAGCAUAGAGUGAUUUAGAUCUGUUUGAGCAAAUUAGGUCUAACAGGUCAGAAACACUCAUGAUUUGUUGAAGACUUUAUAUCAACACCAAUUAAUGUAAGUGAACUAUAGUCAAAUGUUAUGGAUAAUAGACAAUGUCUCCAAAUGCUCAUCCAGCUGUCUCUUAAAUGUGUUGAGGAUUUCUUCCUCCACCAUAUUUCAGGGAGUGCAUACCACACCCUUAAAAUUUACCAAUUAAGAGGUUUUCCUCAGCUCCCCUGUAAUCUUUCAAAUCUAGGCGUUGCCUUUCUAUAUGAUUUAAAAAGAAUGCUCCAUGCUUUUGCUUACUUAGGCUGUUUUAAAUUUAUAUGUGUCAAUUACAUCUCACUUGGUCUCCUUUCUUCCAAAGGAAACAUCUGAUAGUCUCUAGGGUGAUUAACCUCUGCCCUGGGAACUUCCACUGCACUUCCUCCAGAGUUGUUAUGUACUUCUGGUAACUCUAUGCAGUACUCUGCAUAUAACUUAAGGGUUUAUAUAGUUCUAGUAUAUCCCUCAUUUUGCAUUCAAUGAUAAAUGGAAUUACUAAGAUGCUGCCUUAGGCACUUUGUUUACUUGAUUUGCUGCUUCCAGUGAUUUGUCUGCAAGUGCUGCUUCCUCUUACCCUGUGUCUUAGUACUAACCAUUUGUUCUGUCUAUCUUUGAUGUUUCUGUAUCCAAAUACAUCAUUUCUUGCUUCUCUGGAUUGAAUACCACUUACUUUCUCAUCAGUCCUGUUGCAAAGAACUUUAUUGCUCUGUUCAUCAACAUGGUUUUAAUCAAUGCCUUGCAAUGAAAUUCAAGUCCUUAAGAAGUUUUAACUGAACUUCCUUUUUAAUCUUAAUCUCUUUAUUGUUAACUUUAUUAAAUCUGAUUGGUACAUUGAACAUUAAACAUCUUACAUUUGCCUCCAUUCAUUGAUCAAUUCAUAUAAAAGCUGUUUUGUACAUUCAAUGAACACUAAGUGGAGUAUUUAUAUUGAUUUAUUUUUGACAAAGGAAAAUGUAAUGUAAUCAUUUCAGUUAAUAAUUUAGAAAAUAGUGAUUAUUAAGUUUUCUUUCCAAUUGGAAGGCAAUUACACUGUGCACAUUUCGAUUUUUGUUAAACUUCCAAAUUGUUUAUACACUCAAUUCUCAUCGUAAGUGUGGCUGCUCAUGCAGAGAAUAAUUACAACAAUUCACAUUUUUGAUGUAUAAGAAAGCCAUAGGUUUUAUGUAUAUCAUCAGUCUCAGAGAAAUUUUUUUGUUUAAUUAGGUUCAUUAUCUCCAAGUAAGAACUUUCUCCCAAAUCCUUAAUGAAAGUUUUUGUAAUUGCAUUAGUACUGCAAAUUAAAGACAUUCAUAUUUACCAAUUUAAUUACAAACAGAAAUUUAUUUUCCUUAAUGCACCAGUUAUAAUUGUGAAUGUAACUAUUUUAUGAUUAUUUAGAGAAAAAACACAUUUCUGAAUUCAAAAUCUAGAGCUCUCAAAUUCAAUUUUCAUUGAACAUUUCUAGGAAUAUAUCACUUGCAAAUAAGCAAAUGCACUUAUCAUUCUGGUUAAUCUGAUUUGUAUAUGAAACUGGACAACUAUUUUGAAUAUUGAAAAGAAUUUGAUUUAAGAAGAAUUUCAAAAUCCACAGAAAUCAUUGCUGCCUUCAAUAAUCUAGAAUACAACAUGCCUUUGUAUAAUAGGUUUACAGUUCUCAUUUUUGGUAUAAAUUUUAUGGGAAUAGUUUGCUACAGAUUUUAAUGAAGCAUUAAAGCCGCACAUAAAUAUUUUAAUGUGCGACAAAGUAACUUACGUAACGAAGGGAAUAAAAGAUGAUUUGCUCAAACAUUUUUGAAAUCUUAGAUUUUGUUUACACAAAUUUAUUUUUGUAGCCAUAUUGGAUUGUGCUUUAUUAAUGAAUGUAUUGGGUAUUGUAGAUCAUUUUUGGGUUAUCUGUAUUUGUUAAUUUGUAUUCAUGGAGUGUGUAAUCCUGAAUAAUUUUGUUGUGCAUUUUAAAUAAGGUAAUGUGCCUUUUACUGAUUAUGUUUAAUGUCACACUGUUAAUUCCUUGGAUUCAGUAGCUUUAUGAAUACUCAUUACUGAUUGAUAAAUUUGUUGGUUUCUGCCAGCUAUAUACAGAAAAUCAUAGUUAUUGUAACGUACAUAUAAUGCAUAGCUAACAGUGUGGCAUGUUCAUUUUCUUGUGUAUUUGUAGCAGUCUGGUUAAAAGGCAUGAGACACUGUUGCUUAAUGGUACUCUUGUAAAAUCAAUCAAAUUCAUUGAUUGGUAUGUAAUAGCAUGGAAUGUAAUUUAUGCAAUAACCUACAUUAUUGUAUUCUCAUCCAAUGAAGUGUUUAUUGUUCAUGAUAUCAUUAACUUGGAUCAUUGUGAAUUUGCUAACAACUUUUAGCUAAUAGCUUUUAGGUGCUGGCAGGUCAGGAGGGACUUACAUAUAUAUAUAUAUAUACCUUUACAUUUCUUAGAUAGAACUGUGAAUUAAAUUUUAUGAUGAGGAAUUAGCUCUCAACACCUUUUGACCCAAAGUUGAAAACUUAAAGCAUUUGUCGUACUUGUGUAUUUUCCCAGAUUUUUAAAAAAAUUUACUAUGUUAAAUCAUGUCCUUUGCCUUGAUCAGCAACAUCAGAUUUGAAAUUCCAGUAAACUUAUCUAAGCUAAAUGCUAGAUGUUUGCCUCAAAUAAUACAUGUUAUACACAUAUAGGGGAACAAAUACCAUAAUUUUAAUGUUUUGCAUAAGCAGAGGGGAACAAUUUUCAUAAACAAAAUAAUUUAAGCUUUGGAUAGUCUUUUUCUCUGCACUUUCCCUGGGUGAUUUUGUCUUUAGCCAAUUGAACAAUUCAUUUUUUAAAGAAUAUUUUAAAUUUAAAUUGUAUGUUUAGCCAAGGGGCAAAUGGAAAUAAGCAUGUUUCUAAAUCACUGGAUUUCUGAAAUACCUUUAUGGAUUUUAUAUAAUAUAAAUUCCUUCAGUUUCUUAAGAUAGGAGCUUACACUGAAUUUUAAGUUCAAUGCACAGUCAUAGACUUCUCCAAUGAGAGUAAAAUGUUGGAAAAAUAGUUCAAAUUAACUACCUUGAGUGACAAAUGUUCUCUAGAAUAUUGCCAUUGUUUAUGGUAAAUAAUGGGGUAAAGUAUAUUUGUUGAUGCUUUAUAAUCAUUAUAGGAAAAGAUAUUAUUUUUGACUUGGUUUAGAAUCAUGUGGUUGGGUUACUCUCUGGAGAGGAUGUACAAAGUGUGUACUUAUUUUACAAGAAAGGGCAAAAUCUUGAUCACAAACUUUCGGAGAAGUCAGCAGUACACUUUAUGUAGACCAGUAAAAAAGUUUUGUUAAUGAAUGUUGUUUAAUUAUAACUGUCCUGUCUCUGUGAAUUACAUAAAAAUGUUCUUUUGUUACAAAUGUUUCCAAAUUCAGUCUUGCUAACCAAUCAAAUAUUGUUAAUUGCAGUCAGCCGUGGCUUUUGAGUGUUGAAUUAUUUUAAAGUUAAAGUUUAUAUAUUUAGAGUGUGUAGCAGCUUUGGACCUCUGUUUAUAAACAAAAAGGUUGAAAAUUAGCACAUUACUGGAAAGAAAUAAAAAAUUGAAAUAGUUUGAUGUUAA